AAUGAUCUUCCCCUUACAUGUUCAUCGCCUCGUCUUCCGCGAGACACAUCGUCUCAGCAGAGUUUUCAAUGGGCUAUAGGACAGAUCGAGAAAUGCAACAGAAAACACAAGUGUCACAAUCUGGCCGUGCUGCCCUCUCUUCCCACUAGAGUGCUAGACGUUGAGGCACCGGAAACAGGAUUGAGUCUCUACUUGGCCGACAGCAAGCCCGGUCGAUACAUGUGCUUGAGUCACUGCUGGGGGCAGUUGCCAGCAACUGGGAAGACAACUCGUCACAACCUUGAGCUUAGAAUCAAGGGUAUACUGCUAGAGUCACUACCGAAGACCUUCCAAGACGCCAUUGAUAUGACUCGAAGGCUGGGUGUACGAUAUCUUUGGAUUGAUGCUCUCUGCAUUAUACAAGAGGACGAAGAGGAUUGGCUCAGGGAGGCGCCGCAGAUGGCAGCGAUCUAUGAAAACGCAUACUUGACCCUCGCGGCGACCGCAUCUUCAGACAGCCAUGGUGGCUUUUACCGCAUCUUGCCCCCCGAAGCCUACGAACGAGAAUUUACGUACGGCGGAGACACUUUCGAAGACGUCCCAGCUGCCACGGUUUACGUGCGCGAAGCGCUUCCUCAUUUUAACAGCCCCGAUCUCCAAGAGACCUCAACUCUUAGAAAGAAAGAGUUCCCCCUUUUUGAUCGGGCCUGGGCCUAUCAGGAGCGAGUCCUCUCUCCUCGCAUGCUUCAUUUUUGCAAUUCGGAGCUGUGGUUCGAGUGCAACAGGGACGCGGUCUGUCAAUGCAAGGGCACCGAGCGGGAACCACUAGCAUGGAAAGCUACUCUACGUCGGCUACUACAAGAGCAGCAUCAAGGCCGUCCUACCGUCUGGGGCUGGAACCAAUUUGUGCUGGAGUAUAGUGGCCUCAAGAUGACAUAUGAUAAAGACAGGCUGCCCGCCCUUUCGAGUAUCGCCAGGAAGAUGGCUCAACUCAAUCCCCAGGACUGUUAUUUAGCCGGCAUGUGGAAGAGUACGCUGCUCGAAUCACUGUUCUGGUCCAUCGCCCCUGGCCAAGCCCAGAGGUAUCGUCCCUCGCAUCCGAGGGCACCGUCUUGGUCGUGGGCGUCC